AUGUUCAGACUUACGGUCUCGCCAAUAUCGUUGGCUCUCAAACGGUCUGUCCUUCCGUCGAGCCGAGUGGCUCUUGCCAGACGGACUUUCCAGACCACGCCUUUCUUUAGACAGACGUUUAAAGAACAGCCGAUUUUAACCGACCCAUCGAACGGUGUUAAGCAGUCGCCAGAAGAUCCCGACCACGGCAAGGAAAGAAAGGAUGUCACAAAGAAAGUGUUCAAGCCUGAAGAAUUGGAGGCUGCCAGACUCGCCAGAUUGGCUAACCUUGGCUGGGUAGGUAAACUUCCUGAAAAAUGUAUCCCAUAUGCUGAGCUCAUGCGUUUGGAGAAACCCGUUGGAACCCUUCUUUUGUUAGCUCCAUGUUACUGGGCCAUUACUAUGGGUGCCUAUACUAUAGCUGCUCCAAUCCUCAGCACUUUGACUACCAUUGGCUUGUUCACUAUUGGUGCUUUGGUCAUGAGAGGUGCUGGUUGCACCAUUAAUGAUAUCUGGGACAGAGACUUGGAUAACCAGGUCGCUCGUACUAUGGAAAGACCAAUUGCAAGUGGGAGAGUCUCUGUACCUCAGGCUGUUGCCUGGUUAGCAGUUCAGUGCUUCGCUGGCUUGGCUGUUUUGUUGUCUCUCCCAUUUGAAUGCUUCUACUUGGGUGCACUUUCCCUUCCUUUCGUUGCUGCAUACCCUCUUUUCAAGAGGUACACAUACUACCCACAAGCAAUGCUUUCCAUUACUUUUGCAUGGGGCUGUUUGCUUGGUUUCCCUGCCAUCGGCGCUCCACUUAAUCUUUGGGUGGCAGGUCCAUUGUUCAUCUCCAAGUUCCUCUGGUGUAUGAUCUACGACACCGUCUACGCUCACCAGGACAAGGUUUACGACAUCAAGGCUGGUAUCAAGUCUACCGCUUUGGCUUGGGGCGACAAGAGUAAGCCAAUCAUGUACCUGAUGGGUGCUUUGCAAGUGGCCACUUUCUUGACUGCUGGUGCCAUGAACUCCAUGGGUCCAUUCUUCUACCUUUCCGCUGCAUGGGGUUUCCAAAGACUCUUUAGACAGCUCAAGAAUGUCGACUUGGAUGACCCUAAGAGCUGCUGGGCCAUGUUUACUGGUAACAUUCGUACUGGCUACAUCUUCUGGUUCGGCAUGGUCAUUGACUACCUUUUGGUACUCUUUGGAUUACUUUGA